AUGCCUGUACGCAAGAGCCUGGAGCCCGAUCAGGGCUAUUACAUAACCAACCACGACCUCAUCACUGCGAUCGAAUUGGUACUAGGCCAGGCUAACAGCGAAGAUUGCCGCAAGCUCCGUACAAUGGCUGCAGCCAUCAAGAAGAACUUCUCGUCUAGAAGCCCAUCCAGCCUAGUCAAGAUGGCUGUUUUUGACUGCGCCCUGAUUGACUUGAUCAGUCGUACGGAUCCGGCCUGCCUAGGUCAUCUUGUUCAUCCGGUUUGGCUGGCUAGGGAGCUGGCUAGAUUAAACAAGCUAGAAAGGGCUAUAAGAAAAGGCCUGCCUCUUAAUACAGAGGAGGCAGCUUUCCUUACUGCGUUAACAGGUCUGAACUCAGCCUUGUACGAAGAGUGGCUCGAGAAUGUGAUCAUCGAGGCCGAUUAUCUGUACUGUAUCCUCCCGAUCUCUGAGACUAUAAGCGUAAAGGGACAGCGUGUCUGCGAACAGAGUUCUGGGGUGAAGGCGGGGUAA